UGAUGAUGAUGGUGAUGUAGAUGAUGAUGAGGAUAAUAGUGAUGAUGAUAGUGAUGAUGGUGAUGAUGAUGAUAGUGAUGAUGAUGAUGAGGAUGAUGAUAAUAGUGAUGAUGAUGAUGACAUUAUUGACUCCUCUGCUCUCGGAGUGAAGAGUUGGGGGUUCUGUAUCUCCUCCAGACUAGAAUUUUCCAGCAGUCUCCAGCCCAUUCCUCAGCCUGGCCCACUGUCUGCUCCGGCCUCCUAUAAGGUGCAGAGUCUCAUGAACUAAUCUUUGGCUCCUCCCUCUCAAAACCUCAGAAAAAAUAUCCAGAAAGUGGAUGAGUGAAUAUAUAAGAGCCAGGAGCCGGGACGUCCUGCAGCACCGAGCAGUCAGAGAGAAGACACUGACAACCAGGGACAUUGUCCUCAUCAUAACCCAGAGCAGAAGAGAAAGCAGCAGGAGAUGUUUCCUCUCAGCCUCCUCCAGUCCUCUCACAGUCCUCUGUGUGUCCAGCCUCCCCUCACCCUCUGGCCGGCAGCCUCACACAUCAUCUUCGGGCAGCUGGAAGACGACAUGAGGAAUAUGAGGAACGACCUGGAGAGGAGAAUGCAGCAGGUCAACCAGGCAUAUCAGAUCCUGGGCAUGGACAUAAGAAGAAGAGCCGCCCAGAGCCCACGUCCUGAAGGCGAAUCCUCCUCUGUGAGGAAGGAAGGGAAGGAGAACUAUGAGCUCACCCUGGACAUCGGGGGCUUUUCUCCUGAGGAGCUGACAGUGAAGACAGAAGGCAGAAGACUGAUUGUGUCCGGGAAACAUGAACAGAAGAAGGAGGAUGAGCAUGGCGGCUACUUCCAUGAGUACAGAGAGUGGAGGAGAGAAGCCGAGCUCCCGGAGGACGUGAAUCCUGAGGACCUGCUCUGCUCCCUGUCCAAGGACGGACGCCUCCACUUCCAUGGUCCUCGUUGGGCGCUGCCACCUGCUCCAGAGAGGGCGAUACCCAUCACUGUAGAGGGGCAACAGAACCUCCCAGAGAUCCAGAACAGCUUAUGUAAUGGAGUCCAGAACCUCCUGGCGAUCCAGAACAGCCAACUUCAUGGAGAAUAAGACCCCCAGAGAUCCAGAACAACUAAUGUAAUGGAGACCAGAACCCCCCGGAGAUUCAGAACAGCAAAUGUAAUGGAGACCAGAACACCCGGAGAUCCAGAACAGCAAACCUCAAGGAGAGCAGGACCCCCCCCCCCCCCCCACCCGAAGAGCCAGAACCCCCCGGAGAUCUAGAACAGGCAACCUCAUGAAGAACAGGGUACAGGGGGAAGGUCUAAGUUCUUCCUGAGAAGCUGAUUGGACUAUGGGUUUUCAUGGGGUCUCUAUAACUUUCAACAUAAUAGUUUAUGGAUCCUUACUACUUUGUUGGAAUUUUUAGUAUUUUUUUUUCUUUUUCUCCAUUGCAAAAAUUACAUCACCUCAUGUCACCACAUUGUAUUAUACCAUGUGAUAAGCAUU